AUGUCGAAUCAGCCGGGCUCAAAGUCACUCCAUCAAUCCACCGCGACGACAACCUCACACCCGACGACGCCAACGCCCAAGGAUCGAAAGUCGCGUAAUACAAGAGGUCCGGGUGUAGGUGCAUAUGGUUCUCUUGGGCGAGGAGCAGCAGGCCGGGUUCCGUUGCAUCGGCGAGGUACUUCCAGUAAAUAUGAGUCUUUGGAGGAUCUAUUGAAGGAGGCGGGUUACAAGGAGACGCGUAUCUUCACGCCAGAGUCAGACAGGAAUACCAAAGCUCGAGGUGCUGGCAAUCCGUAUGACAGUGACGGGGCGCUGCAACACGGGCGGGCACUGAAAUCGAGCCUUCGGGGUGGAGUGGGAGCGUUCGUGGGCUUUUUCACUGGACUGGUGGCAAGCAAGGUCGAAGAUAAUGCGGGAGCCAGCGGACACGUUGCAGGACCGGAAUACACGACACCUGCGUCCCCGUCUCCGUCACCAUAUCCUUCACGUCCCGCUCAACAUCGCCAGUCGUCUGCAUCUUCAAUCUCAGUAAAUCGGAAUCAGCAUCAACAUCAACUAGCUCGUAAUAGUUCGUCGACUCAACUGUCUUCGUCUAUGGAAAGCCUUCCUCACUGGAAUCCUCAGUCUGAGCAGUCUGGAGUUUCUUCGCGAAAUAGUGCAUACGCCCGCCAUGGACAGCGAUCAAGUCCUUACGUUUAUGGCCCCGGUUACGUCCAAGCGUCCACGUCGUCUUUGAGGCUUCAAGUUGAGACUAUCCCGGAAUCCCCGUCCAAUCCUUCUUCAUCACACUCCCAUCGUAAUUCAUACGCAAGGCAAUCCGCCCGUCCUCACAAUCGUCCAGCUAAUUUGCGCGUGCCUCACCCUCUAGGCGGAGCGGGGGCGCUGCUACGUCAUAUUGCCUCCGAGUCUAGCCUCUUACCUGAGAGACCCCAAUCUACGCCUCCUUCCUCGGCAAGCCGUCUUACCUUUUUGCAGCAUGAAGAUGAUUUUCAAUCAAAUCGAACGAGUGUCCUGGCUAGAAAUGAAGCAAAACACUCCUGGCUGCAGUCAGUCGCGCGAACCAUGCUCCUUGGUGUACCUCCCUCUUCCGAUACACCGCACGCCACGUCUACAAAGGAUUCGCCGGGAGGGGAAGGAUUCUCUCCUUCGAGUAUAAAUCCCGAUUUAUCUCGUCGCCCGGGACUGUCUCGAACUGUAUCUAAUCAGUCUUAUCGAAGACCUCCUCCGACCAUAAACCUAAGUAAUCAACAUAGUCCUAUUAGUGAACGUCCCCCAGCAAAUUGGGGUAGCACGUCUGACCUGUUACCCUCACGAAACACCCUCGUUAAACGAACCCUCCACCGAAGUGCCUCUACUCAAUCUGGUAGACUUGGUACACCACCUGCUAGUAAUCUACUUGCACCUCCGUCAUUAUCCCGUCUGGGUUUGCAACGCUCGGCUCAGAGUGAAGGUGAAGUCAGUCGGGCCCGCGUUGUGGUAAGAAGUGCGCCAGGCAGCAGAGCGAACUCUCGCGUAAGGCAGGCAGGCUCCACUCGGGGGCAAUCGAAGAACAAGGGUGGAUCCGCCAUGCCCAAUGAUGAUUACGACGAAUUAACGCCUGAAGACAUGUUCAAGAAACUAAUGGCGGAGAGGCAGAAGGAACUGCGACUCGCGCGCAGGGGAAGGCCGAAGGGCAAAGGCAAACGUGUCGAUGACCUGGACCUUCCAGUGCUAGCGAAGACCAAGGUCGAAGGCGAUAUAUGGGGCAUGCGCAGGCACAAUGACGCUGAGGCGAAGCGAGAAGGUAAAGGGGCAGAUGAGAAAGGGGCCAAGACACUACCGACGAAGCAUGACGGGCCGAAUGUUCGGGAUAGGCGAGAUAGUGAGGUUACUAUCAUGGAAAGGCGGGGAAGAGACAAGACUAGGGAGAACCGAUACAUCAGUGGCUGGGGUAUGCAGCUACCGUCGCCAUCGCCAUCGCCACAACGAACGCAUUCUCCGUUGACCCUACACUCUCCGGCGUCUUCACUGUCGCACUCAGUAUCUAUUCGGGAGUCGUCUUCGUCUUCGUCAGCUCGCCGCCACACUCAUGAUAGUGCAUCGUCUGGACUGGCGGAGGACGAAGACGACAGUAGCAAUGGCGAUACAAGUGAUAGCAGUGAAGAUGGAGCGGAAAUCGACCUUGCUCGUAUUCUCGUUCCAGCCAAGCGCCAGAGUUCGAUACGAAGUCUACGCAGGCAUUUGGCUACUCAACCUCGUAUGGCGGCCCCGCCUCUACCAAUCCAUGGUCCAUUUUCGCGGGACGAUGGUCGCGAGCGUUCUUCAAGGACACCUCUCAUGCGUCGACACGUCGGGCUGUCCAGUAGGAGCGAGGAGUAUGCUUCUCGCGACGCAGGUUCCCCUUCGUCAUGA